GCCAGCCUCUUCCUCUCUCUUUUCGUUGAGGCUCAGCUAGCGGCCGCCUGCAAACAUGCAGAUCUUCGUGAAGACGUUGACGGGGAAAACCAUCACCCUUGAGGUUGAGCCCAGCGACACUAUCGAAAAUGUCAAGGCAAAGAUCCAGGAUAAGGAAGGAAUUCCCCCUGAUCAGCAGCGUCUGAUCUUUGCUGGAAAACAGCUGGAGGAUGGACGCACGCUGUCCGACUACAACAUCCAGAAAGAGUCCACUCUCCAUCUGGUUCUGCGUCUGCGUGGUGGCAUCAUUGAGCCUUCCCUCAGACAGCUGGCCCAGAAAUACAACUGCGACAAGAUGAUCUGCCGCAAGUGCUAUGCCCGUCUGCACCCCCGUGCUGUCAACUGCCGCAAGAAGAAGUGCGGACACACCAACAACCUUCGCCCCAAGAAGAAGCUGAAGUAAACAUUUUGGCUGAAUUGGCACUCUGUGCCUUUUUGUGUUAAAAUAAAUGUAAGAAAAU